GGGCACAACAAGACGCACACUCAUGCAGGAAAUGGUGUACAGUGAUCCGGAGGUGGGUGGCAGUGGGAUAGUCUUCACACCGUCUCGGCCUUCACCCGAAACCAACGCAAUCACCGACAAUUUUUUGAGAAAUUGUCCUCUGCCAGAAAUUCCACCUGCCGCACCUAUUGCUUGCCCAAGAGACAUUCCGUCACCAGUCCUUGCUGAAUGGCCACACAACUCCAAUGAAGCGAAAAUGGCGGAGCGGCAGAGAAAGAACGUCUUUCCCAUCGAACCAGUCAGCUUCGCUCACAUGUCAACCUGCUGGAAAACAUCUUUCGGACGAACAAAGCAGAGCAUUCUACACGCUAUCACGGAGGCAUUUCAAGAAAGCCCAACUGUCGCGAAUGAAAUUGUGGAGCAACUCGAACCAGCGUAUGUGCUUGAAAAUGGCGCAGUGGCCGAUGCGAUCGGAUUAGGUCGUCGGUGCACAGCAUAUGCUGUCCGUGAAGGUGACGAGAAGAUAGUUGCUGCUCUCAAGUGUGUCAGCUUGGACAAAUUGCACUAUGCCCAGUACCACAUGUCACUGAUUGGCGAGGCUUUUGUGCUUAGAUCGGCUGCCUGUCACGAAAACAUCUUGAAGCAUGUUGGUGUCUGUUGGGGUGGAGCAACAAUGAUACCACAUGUUUUGGUCGAGUACUGUGGAAAUGGUAGCUUGCUGGAGUUACUCCUUGGGCGCAGGGCUGUGCAGAAAAAGGCAGAUGUCAGGUUUGGUAAUCGCAAAGAUGAUGAGGACGCUGUCGGCUAUGCUAUUAUUGAUGAGACGAAUGCCAUGAUAAAGCGAAGCCAGCAAGAAGUACUGAUGCCAGACCAGAUGCUGGACCUGGCUCUGCAAUUGGCUCGUGGGAUGCAGGCACUAGCUAAGCAGAAGAUCCAGCACGGGCGUCUUACCGCGUCCACUACAUUUGUGACGUCAAACCUGACCGUUAAAGUUGCCGGCAUGUCGGUGACGGGAAUGGCCUCCAGACAAGAACUUGAUGAGUGGAUGUUCCCAUGGGCAGCAGUUGAAAUCCUGGAAGCAACCUCAAAUCCUUCUCUGGAGGAUGAUGUAUGGUCAUACGGUGUUGUUGUCAGUGAGAUAAUGACCUUAGGUGAUCGUCCCUAUCAGGAUGUUGGUACGCGAACUGAUCUCAUUCACCACCUCGCCUCUGGCCAUCAUAUCGAGAAACCGGAAAGGAUGACGCAGUUUGUGUAUACCUUGAUCAAAGACUGCUGGAUGCGCCACCGGCAGGAUCGCCCAAACUUUGACGCUAUUGUGAACUUCCUUUUCAACGUCCUAAAUGCACCAUAUAUCAGUGUAUAAGAAGUACCAGCCAGUCAGCCGAUUUGUCUCUUCGUCCAAAUGCAACGACUCACGGUAUAUUUCCAGCGUCUCACUUGCUGCAUUUUCAAAUGUGUUGUAGCUGUUCAGAAACAGUUUAUGGCAGCAUCUAUGCGAGUUUUUUGAAAUCCUCGAUUAUUCUACAAGGUUGAAGCUGCAUAUGUUUUGUUGGUGUUUUUCUGUACUUUAGACUAAGCAUAGAAAUGAUUGUGUGUGUGUGUGUGUGUGUGUGUGUAUGUGUGUGUGUGUGUGUCCUCCAUGGUCAAACGGAGGCUAUUUCCCGAUGCCUCGCUUGAAUUUCGACGGGCUUCCUGAUUCUUGGUCAGCAUGUAUUGUUGAAAUAGCGGUAUACUUUCCUACAAAAGGAUGAUAUUCCUCACACCUUUCUCAGUUUCUGACUACAAGAUUCCUAAUGUUAAUACUUUUUCCGGUUCUAUAUGGCCCACUUUGAGCUUGAUGAAAUUGAUUUCUGUGUUAGUCUCCUUGACCAAAAGCCCAAUGUGGGAGCUGCUGCUAUUCUUUGCGCCCUGAAAUCUUGAUGAAUUCCGUAUGUGCAUACUGGACUUAAUCCUUCACAAUACGCCGAAGUGCAAUGUUACUAAAUCUCAUAUACUAUUGACUUGACUAUGUACUCAGGUCUAUCCUCCUUUUCAAAUGUUUCACUUUUCCAUUUCCAAGAUUGUCACGUUCCAUAUAAUAAUUGCAAUUCCAAUAAACUAAGUGGAGGAA